GAUAGGACGAUUACGAAGCAGUUUAGCGGUGCAGCUGUAAAAAACUCGUAAAAAAAGUCGUACAUUUUUUUCAUUACUCGUAACUUGUUUGACUUCGUUACACAAGAGGUGAUAUUUUAUCAAUUUCUCUUCCACUUCAAAGACUUCAAGUUUUUCUGUAACAAAUUGGCCCUUUUGGUAAUUAAUAGGUGCUUGAAUGAAUCUGACUGCACGAUGAGCGAAAAAAACAUCAACUCCGCUUUAGUGCGAAGGGUCAAUAAAUUAUUGGAAUCCAGAGUGGAGCAUGAUAAGGAUACAUUGGAAGCUCUGAAAGAAUUAUCGACGUUCUUCACUGAAAACACCUUAAAUUCUCGCCGUAACUUGCGUAGUAAGAUAGAAAGGAGAAGUCUGACGAUAAAUGAAGAAUUUUUGGCUGCCUUUAAGGAGGUAAAGGCUUCCUUGGAUGAUGUUUACCAAGAUGUUCUAGCCAUGAACAUAGCUGUACAGUCUAUGACUAAUCGCUUGCAAGUUACAAAAGCUCAAACAUCACAACUCAUAGAACAUACGUCAAAACUUCAGAAUGAAAAUCAAACAUUAUCCAUGCAACAGGAGGUUGCGAGCGCGUUUAUUAAGAACUUUCAUCUAACUUCCCCCGAAUUGGCUGUUUUGCAUGGAUCAGUUAGAGAGUCUCCUAUAACAGAAGAAUUUUUCUCUGUAGUUAAUAAAGUACAGGAUAUUCAUGGUAAGUGUAGAGUGCUGAUGCAAUCUGGAUAUCAGACAUUGGCUUUGGACAUAAUGCAGAGAAUGACACUGCUGCAAGAAGCUGCGCUGGAGAGGUUAUAUCGGUGGACGCAGACUCAGUGCAAGAACAUAGAGAAUGAACGUCUGGCACCAUUACUUAUUAAAGCUAUGAGUAAACUGCAAGAUAGGCCAGUGUUAUUCAAGUACAUUUUAGAUGAAUACUGUGCAGCUAGAAGAACCGCUUUGGUGGGAUCCUUCAUAGACGCGUUAACGUUGGGAGAAGGUUUCGGUGGAACACCCAACCCCAUAGAGAUGCAUGCCAAUGAUCCUAAGCGAUACGUCGGUGAUAUGCUCGCAUGGUUGCAUCAAGCGAUUCCCGUAGAGAAGGAGAAUAUCCUCACCUUAGUAAAAAGCUGUGAUAAGACUGAUGUGUCGGAUCAGGUGAAACAGGCGUUGAGCAACAUCACCGAGAGUUUAUGUCAUCCUUUGAAAUCGAGAAUAGAACACGUUAUAUCUACCGAGGCGCCAGCGACGGUAUUGUACUCCGUCACAACCCUAAUUAGAUUCUACCGCGCUAUCACCGAACAGGUGAUACCCGACAGCGUUCUGGAUCUUACACUCUUCGAUUUGCUGACUCAGAGCGAGAAGAGCUUCCUCAGUAGACUCCAGAGAGAAACGAGGAUCGCUCUCGGCGAGCGCGCGGAGCCCCCGGGAAACGAUUUGGUGCCUGCUCCGUCCGUCUCUAGAUUAUUGUCGCUUCUAAACGAGAUACUAUCUGUAGCUAGCAUCGCCGAGGAUAGAGAGAAGGACAUGUUGCAGAUCGUGUCGUGCAUCAUUGACCCGUUACUCCAAGAGGUCAACGAGACUGCGUCCAGAUUGCCGACGGUGGACAUGGCCGUCUAUCUUCUCAAUUGCAUGCAUCAAAUACAAUCGACCCUGGCGUUGUAUGAAUACAUGGACCAGAGAUUAGAAAGGUUACAGGCACAAUCGGACGCGCAAAUCGACACACUUACGUCGGAGCAAGCUAGUUCUUUGGUGGCGCAUUUGAAUCUGGGCUCGAUCUACACCAUUUUACAAGGUCGUGAACAGGGUCCACUGUCAUCCAUACCCGGCAUGGAUGCCCUCAGCGUGAAGGAAUUCACUAACAAACUAGAGGCAUUUCUGGUGAUGCCGGACGUCCUGCUGUUGCCACAGAUAAGUUUACUGCAGAGUAACAAUCAUCGUUUAGUUACCCAGAGAAGAUCGUUUGAAGUGAUCGGAGCCAUAUACAGACAGUUGUACGACGCCUGUCAUGAUCCGAAGAAUUUAUAUCAAAACGCCGGCAGUCUCUUUUCCAGGACGCCCGAGGAACUGCUGAAUAUGCUGAUCUCGCAGUAAUCGCGUAUUCCACGAGCUUCCAUAGGCAUCAUAUAUUAUAAAUAUUAUAAAUAUAUGUAUAUAGUUUAAUAAUAUAACGAACGUACCAAAACGAU